GGCGAGGGUGUUCAUCCAAAAGCAUAGAUCAGAGAGAGAGAGAGAGAGAGAAGGAACAUUCUGUUGAUGGUUGGCCUUUUGUGUUUGUGUAGCUGUGGUGGCUGCCAAAGAUGAGGAACACCUCAUCUUUUUGAAGGGUUGUUUGCGUGUUAUGUGGGGUUGUUCUUUCAGGAUAUAGUGUUACUCAUGCAUUGAACUUUGUGUUUCUUGUCGUGGCCACUCCAUGUUAGAUUCUUCUUACUUGCCAGAGCCAGACACGCAUUCAGAUUUCAGAUCUCUUUGAUUAGCUCUCACUCUAUUCCUGCCCAUUCCACUUUCCUUUCUUCUUAUCUGCUUCUUCUUGUAUUACUCUCUUUGUCCUCCUAUCUGCUUUAGUUUCUCCAAUAUUUAUAUUCCCAGAAAGGGAAGAACAAUUCAGGGUCUGGUGCCUGGCUUUGAAGAGGGACAAAGACACAAAGCUGAAACAUAGAUAGCAAAGGUUGUUGUUUUGGUCGUGGCAAUUGGUUCAGAAACCAGUGAAGGUGCUGCAAGUGGUGUGUAAAUAAGUUAUUGGUAAAAAAAACAAAGAAGAAAAGGAAGCAAAUAUCUAUAUUCAGAAACAUAAAUUUAAACAAGGUUUGGCGGUGGUCUCAGUUUUGACCAAGUGGGGUUUCUCUGAUUCUGUCUUUGAGAAAUUAUAAAUAUGUUUGAGAUAAUCUGUUUCUGUUGGCAAUGUCUCCUAACAUGACCAUUCUUUGCUGGGGUCCUUUGACUAUGUUACCAUUUUAAGUUGGAGACUGUGAGAUAGGUGUUUGCAGCUGUAGUAGAAGUGUAGAACCUAAGAUUUGUAUCAGAUAGAGAAAAGGAGCAACAUAGUUAUUUCCUUAGGCCAAGAUGAAGUUCAUGAAACUUGGAUCUAAGCCAGAUUCGUUUCAGAAUGAUGGUGAUAAUAUCAGGUAUGUGGCAACUGAAUUGGCAACUGACAUAGUUAUUCACGUUGAAAAUGUAAAAUUUUAUCUCCAUAAGUUUCCUCUCUUGUCAAAAAGUGCCCGCUUCCAAAAGUUGCUUACAAACACAAAUGAGGAGAAUAAUGAUGAAGUCCAUAUCCAUGACAUUCCUGGUGGACCUGCUGCUUUUGAAAUAUGUGUCAAGUUCUGUUAUGGUAUGACAGUCACUCUUAAUGCUUACAACGUUGUUGCAGCUCGCUGUGCAGGAGAAUAUCUUGAGAUGUAUGAAACUUUUGAGAAAGGAAAUCUUAUCUACAAGAUUGAAGUCUUCCUCAACUCCAGCAUUUUUAGGAGUUGGAAAGACUCUAUCAUUGUUCUUCAAACUACCAAAUCUCUUCUUCCAUGGUCUGAGGAACUUAAGGUAGUGAGCCAUGGCAUUGACUCCAUAGCCACCAAGGCUUCAAUUGAUACAUCAAAGGUGGAGUGGUCAUACACCUAUAACAGGAAAAAGCUACCAUCUGAAAAUGGUAAUGAUCCUCACUUCAACAAUGUGAGGAAACAACAAUUGGUUCCAAAUGACUGGUGGGUGGAGGAUCUUUGUGAUCUCCAACUUGAUCUCUAUGAACGGGUCAUAACCACAAUUAUAACUAAAGGCUAUGUUUCUGGUGCUGUAAUUGGAGAAGCUCUAAAUGCUUAUGCCUCAAGAAGGAUGCCUGGUUUCAACAAGGGUGUGAUCCAAGGAGAAGAUAUUGUAAAGAGUAGAUUAUUUUUGGAGACCAUAGUCCAUCUAUUACCCACAGACACAGGCAGCGUCUCUUUCAGUUUCUUGGUGAGGUUAUUAAGGGUAGCUAUUCUGUCAGAAUGUGAAGAGUUGGAGAGAUCUGAACUGAUGAGGAGAAUAGGUCAGUGCCUUGAUGAAGCUAAGGUGUCUGAUUUAUUGAUUCGUGCCCCAGCUGGUGAGGCAAUUUUUGAUGUUGACAUUGUGCAAAGGCUAGUUGAAGAGUUUGUUGCCCGUGAUCAGGAUGUUCAGCCUGAUUCUCUGUUGGAAGAUGAAUUGCAAGAGAUAAGAAGUCCUAGGAUGGGAUCAGAUGCUUCUAAGGUUAAGGUGGCAAAACUGGUGGAUGGCUAUCUUGCUGAGAUUGCACGGGAUCCCCAUUUGCCUCUUUCAAAGUUUGUUAAUCUAGCUGAAUUGGUUUCAAGCUUUCCAAGAGCAUCUCAUGAUGGCCUAUAUCGUGCCAUUGACAUGUAUUUAAAGGAACAUCCUGGAAUCAGCAAGAGUGAGAAGAAAAGAAUAUGCAGGUUGAUGAACUGCAGGAAGUUGUCUACAGAGGCUUGUAUGCAUGCUAUACAGAAUGAGCGGCUUCCAAUGCGUGUCAUUGUGCAGGUUCUCUUCUUUGAGCAGCUGAGAGCCACAACACCUUCAGGAGGCAACGCCACACCAGACCAUCCUGGCUCCAUCAAUGCCUUUCUUGGUGGAUCACAUGGGAGUUCACGGUCUACUGCAACCAACACUGAAGAGGAAUGGGAUGCUAGGGGAACAAUGGAGGACAUAAAAUCUCUGAAAGGGGAACUUGAUACAAUAAAAUUAUCAGGUGGAGGCAGUGGUGCUAGCAGCCGAAACAGCAUUGAAAGUGGUAAAGGCAAUGCUGAGAAAGUUGCUGCUAGUAAAAUGAAAGGUGUUAUGCCAAAGAAGAUAAUCUCUAAGAUUUGGUCAAGCAAAGAAAGAAGUGGUGAGCUAACUAGCUCUGAUACAUCAGAGAGCCCUGCUUCUACUGUUGUAGAGGAAACAAAAUCUACCCCUUCUAGAAGUAGGAGGCAUUCAGUAUCGUAGACCAUGUUCUGCAGACAUCUGAGCCCCAUUCAGUUAUUGUAUAAUCAUCUCACUCAAAUAGAGCAUUAGGAGUUAGAGGAUACUGACAUCUUCCACCUGAUACUUCAAUCAGUUCAAUGUAAUAGAGCAAAUGUUGGCAUGUGGCUAAAAUGAAGCACCAAAAGUAUGUGUUAAUUGUGGCUUAUAUCAUACCCCUAUAGCAACGCAACAUCCUGUCAAUCAUUACUGAUCUUAGGUUAGAGGUGAGCAUUAGUAGUGAGUGGCCCAGUUUUUUAUUAUUGGAGACUGGUUUGUUACUGCCAAAUUUGUAAGCUUAGUAUUAAAG